CCGGAAGUGACGUUUUUAGUUAGUCGGGAGUCGGAGUAAAGGCUACAUUUUCAAGUGUUUAGUACGGUGCAGGACCUUAACCAGAAAUAAUGUCGAUCGAAAUCGAGUCUUCUGAUGUUAUACGUCUCAUCAUGCAGUAUCUAAAAGAAAAUAGCUUACACCGUACAUUAGCCACUUUGCAAGAAGAGACUACCGUUUCUUUGAAUACUGUGGACAGUAUAGAAAGUUUUGUGGCUGAUAUUAACAGUGGGCAUUGGGACACAGUGUUGCAAGCCAUACAGUCACUGAAGCUUCCAGACAAAACACUCAUUGACCUCUAUGAACAGGUUGUUUUGGAACUGAUUGAGCUUCGUGAAUUGGGCGCAGCUAGAUCCCUCCUCAGACAGACAGACCCGAUGAUCAUGUUAAAACAGACACAACCUGAAAGAUAUAUUCAUCUGGAAAACCUUUUGGCCAGGUCUUACUUUGACCCUCGUGAGGCUUACCCCGAUGGAAGCAGCAAAGAAAAAAGAAGAGCAGCAAUCGCUCAGGCAUUAGCUGGGGAAGUAAGCGUGGUACCGCCAUCUCGUCUCAUGGCAUUGCUAGGACAGGCACUAAAAUGGCAGCAGCAUCAGGGUCUUCUGCCCCCUGGUAUGACCAUUGACUUGUUCCGAGGUAAAGCAGCUGUAAAAGACGUGGAGGAAGAGAAGUUUCCCACACAGCUGAGCAGGCAUAUUAAGUUUGGUCAAAAAUCCCACGUAGAAUGUGCCCGGUUUUCUCCAGAUGGUCAAUAUUUAGUUACUGGGUCUGUGGAUGGAUUCAUUGAAGUAUGGAAUUUCACUACAGGAAAAAUAAGAAAGGAUCUGAAGUAUCAGGCUCAAGAUAACUUUAUGAUGAUGGACGAUGCUGUGUUAUGUAUGUGCUUUAGCAGAGAUACAGAGAUGUUAGCUACAGGAGCACAAGAUGGUAAAAUAAAGGUGUGGAAGAUACAGAGUGGCCAGUGUUUGAGGAGGUAUGAACGUGCUCACAGUAAGGGAGUCACAUGCCUCAGCUUUUCAAAAGACAGCAGUCAGAUCCUCAGUGCUUCCUUUGACCAGACCAUCAGGAUUCAUGGCCUGAAAUCUGGAAAGUCUCUAAAGGAAUUUAGAGGCCAUUCUUCAUUUGUGAAUGAAGCCACUUUUACACAGGACGGUCACUACAUCAUUAGCGCUUCAUCCGAUGGCACAGUUAAGGUAUGGAAUGUGAAGACAACGGAAUGCUCCAACACUUUUAAAUCACUUGGAAGCACAGCGGGGACAGAUAUCACAGUAAACAGUGUCAUUCUCCUGCCUAAAAAUCCAGAACAUUUUGUUGUCUGUAACCGAUCCAACACUGUGGUUAUUAUGAACAUGCAAGGACAGAUUGUGAGGAGCUUUAGCUCUGGUAAGAGAGAAGGUGGUGAUUUUGUAUGCUGCACCUUGUCACCCAGAGGGGAGUGGAUCUACUGUGUUGGAGAAGAUUUUGUGCUUUACUGUUUCAGCACAGUGACUGGCAAGCUAGAGAGAACACUGACUGUCCAUGAAAAAGAUGUCAUUGGAAUUGCUCACCAUCCUCAUCAGAAUUUGAUUGGUACCUACAGUGAAGAUGGACUCCUCAAAUUGUGGAAGCCAUAAUGGCUUUUCAAAAUCAAGAACAUUUAUUUCAUAAGCAAGAAGAGUAGGACAUUUCCCAUGUUUGUUUUGUGACAGUAGUACAACAAAAAUAUUUUUUUUCUUUUUCUGUGCAGCAAAAUGUUAUGUGAAUAUUUUAUCCAACUUUUUUACUGAGUAUUUGAGGUUGACAAGGCUCGUAGGGCUUUUCAAUACAUUGUUUAAUCUAAUUUGUAAUAUAUGAGUUUAAAACCUUUUUGGUCUCUGUAUAUUUUUUUAUUUUUGUCACUGUUAAGGAAUAUAAAUGAAAAAUACUUCUCCAUGUUUUGUUAUUGACUCUGAAAACAAAAUAUAUAAAAUUAAGAUUUUAAAACGUUUAA